UAGGGAAACUCCAAUUUUUUAACUUUCGAUAUCGACCAAAAUGAAGAAAGUCGCAUAACUUGCUUGCAGCAUUAGACCUGGUCUGUAGUUGAGCAACGAUAAAAUGAGUAAACGGAAAGCAGAUGGAGUAGACAUGGUAGAGGACAGUACAAUAAGUGCAGAACAGAGUACACUAAGUGCAGUACAGAGUACACUAAGUGAAGAGGCAAAAAUUUAUAUUGGACCACCACCUCCUCCAGCCAGUGGAGCACCACCAAUGCCACCACAUGGUGGACCACCACCACAAAUAAUACGGCCUCCACCACCCAGGCCAGAACAUUUCGAACCUUACAAUCCAGAAGCACCAGCCAUGAGCAGGCCUCCACCAUAUUGGACUGGACCUCCUCCACCACUUGGUGGUCCACCUCCGCAAAUACCUCCUGGGAUGUUUAUGAUGCAUGGCCCUCCCCUUCCUCCAAACUUGAACCAGCAGAGACCAAGGGACCUUGUUAAUAUACAAACUAUGCCUAAUCAAAGAAAUGAGGAGUACUACAGAAGAUUUAAGACGAACAGGAGAAUACUUGAGGAGGCACGGAGAAAAGUUGAGGAGGCACAGAGAAAAUAUGAGGAGGCACAGAGAAAACAUGAGGAGGAAAUGAGAAAACAUGCAAUGAUUUUAGGAACAUCUAAAAGAGGUAGUCUUCUUCAACUUUUAUCUAAUGAUUUAGUACCAUCGUUUGAUAGUCGAAUUUUAGUAGUUGGAGCUUAUGAAGCUGGAAAAACGACUCUUGUGUCGAAUUUAAUCGGUAUAGGUAUCCCUAGAGAGAGACAGAGUACUGAUGGAAUAGAUGUGUACUUCGGAAAAUUGUUGUUUGAUAUGAAGACGCAAACACUUUUAAAAAAAACGAAGGGUAUCCACAAUUUUCCUAAAGCAAUUUACCAAAAGAUUUUAUCAUAUCUUAAAUCAGUUGAGAAAGAAGAUGUCAUACCAGGGAAAACUCAGCCCGAUAUUCCAAACGAUGAUGUAUUACAAAAACUUUCUGACAAAAUAGAUGAUUAUGAAGAUGCCGAUUCCAUAGAUUUGUAUGGUGAUCAGGAAGUUAUUCCAAUUCCUGUUUUAGAUUUCGCAGGGCAAAUAGUUUACCACGCAACCCAUCAAACAUUUAUUACUGCACAUGGAAUUUAUCUUAUCACAUUUAAUGGCAGCAGAGAGUUGGACGACCCUCUAAGUGACAAAGAAGAUGAAAGAAAGACAACAAUACUUGAAAAUAUCAGACAAUGGGUUUCAUCAAUUCUUCUGUACAGCCAUCCUGAUAAUAAAGAUUAUCCAAGAUUGAUGUUCGUAGCAACCCACAAAGACCUUGUCUGUGAGGAAGACGUACCUAAUAAGCGAUUACAACUGCUAACUUCUUUAUCAAACUGCUUUACUGAUGAGAAUAUAAAGAGCCAUCUUAUGGUACAAAAACUUUUCUUUGUAAAUGCCUUGAAUGAGAACGACCCUGAGAUGGAAGAAUUAAGAGCAUGCGUAUCAAAGACUAUAACUGAAAAUCCACAGUGGGGACAGAGGGUGCCAAAACAGUUUCUCAUCCUUGAGAUGAUGUUUGCAGCAUUAGUAGAAGAGGGGAAAUAUAUAAUUAGUUUUGAAGAUGCAGUAAAAAUGAAUACACAAAUUGGUGUCGAAUCACUUUCUUCGACAGAUUUGAAAUUAUUUCUACGUGUACAGAAUAUUUGCGGCAAGAUGACAUAUUUUGAUUAUCCAAACCUCGAAAACUACAUUGUAAUUAACCCAACUUGCUUAAUUGAUGUCUUAAAGUCCAUUGUAACAGCUGUUCCAUCGAUUACAAGCUUACAGCGCGGACGUCUUACAAAAUCUGAUUUGACAAAGAUCUGGAGUUCAGAAAAAUUUUCCCACUUUCUGCAACAUGAGGAGUAUUUCCGCCAGCUUUUGGUUCACUAUGACAUUCUGUCAGAAAUGAAACGUUACGAUAAAGAAAGUGGAAAAAAGAUGUCUGUGGAUUGUUAUCUUCUACCUUGUAUGAUAACGAAACAAAAUACGACUACCUAUGUCGAAAGACAUGUACAAUCUAGCAAAUGUAUCGGCUUUGUAUUCGAUUUUAGGGAUUCACAUGUUCCAGAUGCAAUACCAAGCAGACUGAUAGCAAGCAUUAUCAGUAUCUGGAAUAUCAAGCGUUAUAAAGAUGAAGAUUUGCUUUUCUCUAAUUUCGUAGUGGUUGUCCUGGAUAGAAAACAUGAUUUAGUGGUGAAGACUGAAAGCAACAAAAUAGCGGUAUAUCUUAAACACAAGGACAGAAGAGAGAUGAUAAUCAAAGACCUUGCCUCCUCUGUACGUCAGUGUUUAGAGCAGAAUCUGGCUAGAAUUUCUGAAGUGUACUCUCUGUCCUUCACAAGUGAUAGCACUUCAAAGAAAUAUGUUCCAUUUGAUGUAAAGUUGAAAUCUGGAUGUCCGUCACAAGAUUGCUUAUUGAUUCCUGAAAGUUUAGACGGAAUUGACACUGAAUGGAUAUGUGACAACCAUGGGUUCAGAACACCAAAGUCUGAAUUAGAUAUUUGGUACACUGACAGGACACUCUUACGGUGCACAGAUUCUUGUCAAGGUGUUCUAGAAGCAGUUCUAUCUAUGUUACUCAACGAUUCGCAGCUGCUUCGCAUUUGUAACAGUUUAACGAAGGAAGAAGUUCGUAGCUUGGCAGUCAAUCUUGGAAUAACUUUCCCAGAAUUUGAUGCCAUUGAUACUGAUUCAACUUCCAUGCUGAAGUUUUAUAGCCUUCGUAUGUGUCGGGAGAAGAACAAAUCAUGUAAAGAUUUUGUCAAGGCCAUGGAGGCUGCUGAAAUCAACAGGCAUACAAUGUGUCAGAUUCUACGACAGGAAGAAGUGGCUACUGAUUUACCUGAUAAGAUUCUUAAUCUGCCGCCAAGUGAUGAGAUACUUGACAGAUUGUGUCUUCGUAUUGGUAAGGAGUGGAUGGCUCUUGGCUGAGAACUUGGAAUUGAAAUAGAACGUCUGGAACAGAUAGAAUACGACAACCCAAAAGUACUCCGUGAAGUCAGUAGGCAAAUGUUAUAUUGCUGGAGGAACAAAGAGGAUGACUCAACAAUCAGAGAGCUACUCCAUGCUUUAGAAAGAUCUGGUAGGAAUCCACAUCUGAUUACAGAAAUUUUAGAAAACUGUGAAAAUUACCCCAAAUUACCCAGCAAACACACGACGUACUCCCGACGUCGGUUAAUGGUCGUCUGAACGUCAUGUCUUCAGUUUACGUCGUACCAACGUUGUGGGAACGUAAAAACCCAACGUUGGAUGCAGACGUACAGACGACGUUAUAAAAUUACGUCGAAUUUACGUAAAUUUAGUACCCUGUCAGGACGUAACAUUUUAUUACGUUGUGACAACGUACUUAUAACUGUCAUAAUCCGACGUAACAUUUUGUUACGUCGUAUCAACAUUAUAAUAACGUAGUGAACAAACCCUGUGAAUACCAGUGACACAUUUAAAUCUGGUUUUAUGGAACGAAUUUUGUGGUUAUGAGUCUUACUGGAUAUAUCAUUCACAUUCACUAGAAUAUAUUCACGAUUUUUUCGAUUUUCAAAAUAUCCCCCUUUUUUCCCGCACAGACAUAAUUUGCACCAAAAUGUCCAAGAAAAUCCAAUUUUAAUGUUCUAAUAUAUAUAUAUUUUAUAUGAAUAUUUAUUGUUUAAUAUAUCAUUAAAGUUUUGUCAUCAUUUAUUAUUUUAAUUUCAUAAUCGGUUUUUUACGAUCGGUUAUAAUAGUGGAACGUUCAGCAGUACUCGGGUUUUACCACUGCAUACUAUGAAAAGUCUGAGCAUGCGCACUUUCACCGCUUGGUUUUUAAAAACAGUGAUAAAACUUGCAGUGAAAUUUAGCUCGAUCCAGAUUCGAGAACAAAGAAAAAGAGUCUUGUAUAAAAAUCCACAGAUCCAAUGUGUCUGAGGUUGAGGAAUGCAUUGCAGUAACAGUAAGCAUGCACCAGCUAGCUCAAAAAGAUGGACCAAGAUAUAAAAAGAGACCUGAAACCAACACAAGACCAGCUGAUCAGAGGGCAGAAAACCAAAAUUUGGAAUGACAUGUAUACAACCAACACAAGACUAAAAUUUGGAAUAAAAAUUUAAAAAAUGCAGAAA